UUUUUAAAUCAUCGCCAUUGGCAGCCGAGUAAAGCGGAAGUGACGUCGCUUCAGUGUUUUAAGAUAGCAAACUGUAAGGAAGCAGUUUACCGGUAAUUGCGAAACAUGAAAGUGAAAGACAGCACAGGGGCGUGGGAUCGAGUGAAAGACAAGGAAAGCAGGGACUAGGCACUCUGAUGGUGUGGAGGUGCCCGGGAUACACAACUAGGAUUUCGCUAGUUUUGCCAAGGUGUUCCAUGGCAUGACUGGGAUUAUGCUGUAGAAGAACUAAGAGCAAAAAGAUGGGGGCGAACCAAGGAAAAAACAUCAGUCGCGAGGGCAUCAAGAGUAUCCACCAUCAGCUGUCUGUGUAUGACGAUUCAUCACUGAGGAGGAUAUACGAGUAUUACAGAGAGGAUCUGAUCCACAUCCUGGAGAACUUGAACACUCAUGCCAUCCUGGUAGAACUAAAAUAUCAGAAUGUUUUAAACACAGACAAAUACGAGUCAAUGGAAAAAGACCCGUUUUCCUUCUCUCACACCUUAUUACAAGAUAUUCUGGAACUGGGAAGAGAAGCUGUGAUUGGAUUCUGGGAAUGUCUCUAUAUGCUACAGAAAGAUCAUCCUCAUCCUAAUUUAUUGGCGGUUCUGGAUGAGAUCAGACAGACAGGUGAGGCUCUGGUAAAGCAGAUUCUGCUGGAUGAACUCGGACACUCACUGACUCGGAAGCUGAAAGAUAUUCAGGAAAAGCACAAACAACAUCUGAUGGAGAAGACUGAGACUCUAGUGGAGCAUAGACCCCCAGGAACUACUCUGGAACCACAAAGAUUCCUCAUCAAUGAGCGUUAUGUGAACCUGAUUGUAGUCUCCACUGAUCAGUUCAGGGAACGUCCCCAGAAUGAGAUAAUACAGACUGGGGUGAAACUUGAGGAAUGCUUGAAGAAAACACAAAGUGGACUGGAACACAUUACCCCAAACAGACUGUUCCGAUGGAACCACCAAUCACAAUGUGUACCACAUGCAGUAAUGGUGAGCGGAGUGCCAGGAAUAGGGAAGACCACACUGAUGCAGAAGUUUGUCUAUGACUGGGUGACCGGAAAACACUACCAGAGAUUUGCCUUUCUCCUCUUCUUCAGAUUCCGGGACCUUAAUAGACUGGGAGAGGUCAGCUUGGAGGAGAUGAUUCUUCAUCAAUAUCCACAUCUGGAGAAUCAGAUUGGAAAUAUUUUACAAGAUCCAGAGAGACUUCUGUUUAUAUUUGAUGGAUUAGAUGAAAGUAUUCACCAAAUAGAUUUCAGAUCGAAUAGACUCUUUGCUUACAGGACACAUUUUGGUGAGAUUUUGGUCAGUUUGGUGAAGCAGAGUCUUCUUAAGGGUUGCUCUGUACUGAUAACCAGCCGUCCAACCAGACUGGCAUCAGUAGAUACCAGUGUGUUCCAGAGGAUAGCUGAGAUCAUGGGAUUUCUCCAUGAAGACAGACUGAUCUUCUUUAAUAAUUUCUUUGGAAAUAAGGAAUUGUCAGGAAAGGCUUUUCAUUAUGUGCAGGAGAAUGACACGCUGUACACUUUCUGUUAUAUCCCAUCAUACUGCUGGAUCAUCUGUACAGUGUUAUCAAUGUGCUUCAGAGCCCAACCAAUCACUGAUCAGCUGAUGACAUCAUUACCCAAAACAGUGACACAACUCUUUGUGACUUUUGUCUCCAACAUUCUGGCCAAUCACAGCCAGAAUAAAGAUGGUGGUCACACUGCCCCGGAACUGCUGACCUCUAUUGGGUGGAUGGCAGAGCAUGGAGUCAUGAAUCACAUGAUUGUAUUUGAUGAGCGUCAUCUGGAGUCAUUCAAUGUGAGAAAUGAUAAUCAUCUCUUCUCAUCUUUCAUGAUGGAAUCUGGUCAGCCUCCUGAUGUGGAUUUCACCUUCUUACAUCUCACUCUUCAGGAGUUUUUUGCUGCUUUAUUCCAUUUUAUUAACUAUAAUGCUGACAGAUUACAGGAAACACUUGAUGAGGCUGAAUCUUACCAAGACGGCCGUGCUGAAAUAUUCCUCCGUUUCCUCUGCGGUCUCUCAGACUCUUCUACUAGAUCCAUGUUAAAGUCUCAUGUGGGAGAAUUGUCUACUCAGGCUGCCAGACAUGUCAUCACCUGGAUCCAGGAGAAAAUAACAGAACAAACACAUGACAAAUGUAUAACAGGCAGCACAGAGCUUCUUAAUGUAUUCUACUAUCUCUAUGAGAGCAGGAAUAAGGCUCUGGUGUCACAAUGUAUUGGAUCAAACAAAGUUGACUUUUCUGAUGUCUCCCUCACCCCUCUGGACUGCUCUGUGCUGUCUUUUAUCUUUCAAUCCUGCAGAGAGACAGAAGUAGAUCUAACUUUAUGUAAAAUUCAGAAUGAAGGAUUGAGGAAACUUAUACCGACUCUACACACCAUCAAGAGUUUGAGAUUGAUGUGUACUUUCACGAAAGACAAUUCCUGCCCCCACCUGGCAUCUGGAAUAAGAAAUAACCAGACACUGAGGACACUGAUCCUGUCUGAGAACAAUCUGGGGGGUCCUCAUUUCAGGGAUCUGAUGGAAGCUCUGACAACAAGCCAGAUAGAGAAAUUACAAUUGUCCAUUAAUAACCUGACAGACAGUUCCUGUCCCCACCUGGCAUCUGGAAUAAGAAAUAACCAGACACUGAGGACACUGGACCUGUCUAUAAACAAUCUGGAGGGUCCUCAUUUCAGGGAUCUGAUGGAAGCUCUGACAACAAGCCAGAUAGAGGAAUUACUGUUGGAUAAUAAUAGCCUGACGGACAGUUCCUCCCCCCACCUGGCAUCUGGAAUAAGAAAUAACCAGACACUGAGAAAACUGGACCUUUCAUGUAACAAUCUGAAGGGUCCUCAUUUCAGGGAUCUGAUGGAAGCUCUGACAACAAGCCGGAUAGAGGAAUUACAAUUGGAUAAGAAUCACCUGACAGACAGUUCCUGCCCUCACCUGGCAUCUGGAAUAAGAAAUAACCAGACACUGAGAAGACUGAACCUGUCUGGGAACUAUCUGGAGGGUCCUCAUUUCAGGGAUCUGAUGGAAGCUUUGACAACAAGCCGGAUAGAGGAAUUACAAUUGUCCUCUAAUAAUCUGACAAACAGUUCCUGCUCCCACCUGGCAUCUGGAAUAAGAAAUAACCAGACACUGAGGACACUGAACCUGUCUAUAAACAAUCUGGAGGGUCCUCAUUUCAGGGAUCUGAUGGAAGCUCUGACAACAAGCCGGAUAGAGAAAUUAAAGAUCGUGGGAAGUUCCAUGUCAGAGGAAGCAAAAAAAGAACUAAAAAAAAUGGAAAAGCUCCGGCCAGCACUGCUUGUCACGUGAGGAAUCUGCAGGAAGAAAUGCCGCUGCUGCUGCUGCUACUGCUGCUGCUGUGAAUGUAGUUGGGACUCUACAUGAGAAGGACAAUGAGAUUAAGAAAUCAGCAGACCAACCCAAGAGGAGAAGGAAACACGACAGAUUAAUUAAAACACCAGGACAGGAUGAGGAAGUUCUUUAUUUAGUCCCCAAAGCCGUUGAACUGUAAAUGAAUAAAGACAAUACAUGAACAUGUUACAUAUAAACUGUCCAAGGACACAAUUAGCCUGCUAAUCGCUUCUAAUAGUCACUCCAGCAUUCACCUUAUACAGCUUGCUGACCCAUAUACUUAUGGCUGCAGGAAUCAUCAUUUGCUGAAGAGAGCUGAGACUCAUUUAGAGCUAUUGCAGGCCAAGUGAUGAAGAGAUGGCACAGAGGAAAAGGUCAAGAAUUGAACUGUAUAAAUUAUUUACUGUCAUGGUUGUAAAAGAGACAUGUACAAUGAAUAACUCCUCUUACAUGUUCCUUGUAAUGCUCCGUGCUGUCAUGCCACUGGGGAAAUUAAGAGCAUACUUUUUUUAUUA